GUCCUCUCCAACCUCCAAGCCUCCAGCCUAGCCUCGCCUAGGCCUACUCCCCCUACUACCGCAACUGCUCCACCUCCAAGCCUCCAACGCCAUUAAGGCGCAACCACCAUCGCGCCGGAGGCAGCAGGGACGCCGAUCCCCUUCCCCCCACAUCUCGACGCGGCGAGCGAGCUCCGGCCAUGGCGCGCGCGGACGCCGACGACGGGGACCUGCCCCCGCCCCCCGCGAAGAAGAAGUCGCCCGCCGAGGAGGAGGCCGAGAAGAGGAGGAAGAAGCUCACUCCUGGGAGCUUGAUGAAAGGGCUUGUCCGCUCUGGUUCAGGCGACGCGACCCCAGCGGAGGGAGAUCAGGUUGUACUUCAUUGCACCACUCGAGCAAUGGAUGGUAUCAUUGUGAAUUCUACAAGAAGGGAGCACGGAGGUAAAGGGGUCCCACUCAGGUUUGUCUUGGGGAAGAGCAAAAUGAUCCUUGGCUUUGCUGAAGGCUUUCCAACAAUGCUGAAGGGUGAAAUUGCGAUGUUCAAAAUGAAGCCUCAGAUACACUAUGCAGAGGAGGAUUGUCCAGUUACAGCUCCAGAUGGCUUCCCAAAAGAUGAUGAACUUCAAUUUGAGAUCGAGAUGUUGGAUUUCUUCAAAGCCAAGAUUGUGGCUGAGGAUUUAGGGGUUGUAAAGAAGAUAGUUGAUGAAGGCAAGGGGUGGGAAACACCUAGGGAACCAUAUGAAGUGACAACACGGAUAAUUGCAAGAACAGCAGAUGGCAAAGAACUUCUCCCCAGUAAAGAAGAACCCUAUUUCUUUACUCUUGGUAAAUCUCAGGUACCUAAAGGGCUUGAAAUGGGAAUCGGGACAAUGGCACGUGAGGAAAAGGCAAUUAUUUAUGUUACCAGUGACUAUUUGACAAAUUCUCCUUUAAUGCAACUUGAAGGCCUCGAAGAAGUUCAUUUUGAAGUUGAAUUGGUUCAGUUUGUUCAGGUGAGGGAUAUGCUUGGUGAUGGCCGCCUCAUAAAACGACGUGUAGUUGAUGGAAAAGGUGAAUUUCCUAUGGAUUGUCCUCUUCAUGACAGCUUGCUAAGAGUGCAUUAUAAAGGGAUGUUGCUUGAUGAAACGAAGUCAAUAUUUUAUGAUACACGAGUUGAUAAUCACGGUGAACCAUUGGAAUUCUGUUCUGGAGAAGGCCUGGUUCCUGAAGGAUUUGAAAUGUGCGUUCGACUAAUGCUUCCUGGUGAAAAAUCUAUUGUGACCUGCCCUCCAGAUUUUGCAUAUGAUAAAUUCCCAAGGCCAGCAAAUGUUCCUGAAGGAGCCCAUGUUCAAUGGGAAAUUGAACUGCUUGGAUUUGAAAUGCCCAAGGAUUGGACUGGCUUCACCUUCCAAGAAAUCAUGGAUGAUGCAGAAAAAAUAAAAAGCACGGGUAAUAGACUGUUUAAAGAAGGAAAGUUUGAGCUAGCAAAGGCGAAGUAUGAAAAGGUGCUUAGGGAGUAUAAUCAUGUACAUCCUCAAGAUGAUGAGGAGGGGAAAAUCUUUGCUAAUUCAAGGAGUUCUCUACAUCUAAAUGUAGCUGCUUGCUACCAGAAGAUGGGCGAGCACAGAAAAUCUAUUGAUACGUGUAACAAGGUGUUAGAAGCAAACCCUGCGCAUGUGAAAGCUCUUUAUCGCCGAGGAAUGGCCUACAUGUUAUUGGGCGAAUUUGAUGACGCAAAGAAGGAUUUUGAGAAGAUGAUAGCUGUCGACAAGUCCUCAGAGCCUGAUGCUACAGCUGCUCUGCUUAAACUUAAACAAACAAUUCAGGAAACUGAAAAGAAGGCAAGGAAGCAGUUCAAAGGACUGUUCGACAAGAAGCCAGGAGAGAUCUCCGAAGUGGGUGUAGUAGAGCCAGAGGUCAACAAGAACGCAAGCGACGCAGCAGCCUCUGGCGAGGCAGCGUCGAUCGCCGACAGAGACGCGGAUGCAAAGGCUAUCCCACGGUCAGAUUCAGAGUUGGCCUUCGAGGAAGAGAGGCCCGGGCUUCUGGGCCGCAUGUGGCCCUCCGCGAGCCGGAUCUUCUCCUCCCUCGGCCUCAACAGGUGCACAAUUCUCUGAAUCUGAUGGCAACGGCAUGCCAC